AUGAUAGCGAACGGCAGUGGCAAGGUAGUUGCAACCCCUCCGACGGCCGGUUUCCCCUGGGAAUCGUCGAGCCAGAGCUCGGAGUCGUGCGGUAACACGGGAACGGUCAAACGCCGGCCGACCUCGCUGGAGUCGAAGGAGAGGACGCCAUCACCGACGCACGAUGGCGGUGGUAAGGCGAUGGCCCCUCGGUCCAGCGGGAAACCCGGUGGCGGCGGCGGUGAAAGUGACACUGGUGUUCCCGGUGAGACCAAACCAAUCGACGGACACCCGGUGCCCGGUUCCGAGCCAAUCAAAUCGAGGGCCGUUUCGACGAACCGACCGUCCAAAAUGGCCCCGGAGAGAAGGAAAACCAUAAGUGAUACGAAGAUACCGUUCAGCUCGAAGUCGAAGCCCAAGCCGGCCCCAGCCACUCAGCGGAGUGGCAGUUCUGGGCCGAAGGGUGAGCCGAAAAGUUCCUCAAAUAUGAAAUCAACCGACAGGAAGCUGUCGUCACCGCCGGGAGCACCGGAAGCGUCUGGGCGGUCACAGAAGAAGGUGUCUUUUAUUCCGAGCCUGGCGAUGGGUGGCGUCACCGGUACGGCCACCAGUACGCCCCCUGGCGGCAACGUGCGAACUAGCGCCGUGAAGACGAUUCUUCGGACACGGGCCCAACAGACGGCGGGCGCCGGUGGCAGUGGCGGUGACGGUGGUGCGGUGGAGUUUAGGGAACUGUACCGGGACUAUCCGUUGCCGUUGCCACCGUAUCGGGACCCACCACCAGCACCACCACCGGCUCCACCGGAGGUGAAAGAAUUUUGUGACGAUCCGCAGAUUAGUGUCGGAGCCGAACCGACCAAGACCGAGGACCAGCUCGGUGGAGUCGUCCGGUCGAAGCUGAAGGGCUUCGGAUUGGGUAAGCUGAUAUCAUCGCACUCGUCGGCCCAGGAACGGAGAAGUUCGAACAAUUACGUCACGCUGCCACCGUCACCGAAAGCGUCCAGCAAACUGAUGUCUUCCAAGGGCGGUGGCGACUUGCCAGCGCUUCCUACGCAGGUGGCGACCAUAGCGGCAGCAGCCUCCAUGGGUGCGCUGGAGAAACCAAGGCACCCAUCACCGGACGACAUCCUGGCGAAGCCCGAAUUCAGCUCGUCCCUGUUCAAAAACCUGCCCGUCCGGCAGAAGAAGGGCACGGUCCCGCACCUGGAGAACUACUGUCUGUUUGAUCCGUCGGUGGACUUCUUCAACGAGAAGGAACACAAGAUGCGUGCGAUACCGGAGACGGCCGAGCUGGCCGAUCCGGUCCUGUACCAGGAUCACCUGAUCUACGACGCGGUCGAUCGGGUCUCGGACUCGGACAACUAUUUCACCAUCGAGCCGGGCUCGCAGGAUAUCGAAGCGAAGAAUCGCCUUUCGCUCGAGAAGGUCGAAGAGAAGAUUGACGAAAUAUUCAACAAAACUCGGCCGACAUCGUCUUCGUCAUCGUCCAACUCGACCAGUGGCUCCAGUCCGGACUAUCCGUCGAUGUUCAACUCGGUCAUCGAGACACCGUCGUCGAAUCUGGAGUCGACGGACGAGAGCGACUAUGGGUUCCGGAACCGGCUCAUCGAGAACCUGAAGGUGCUGUCCGUGCCCAAGUCUAUCUCCGGCUCGAUACCUGACGAGGAAGUGGAGAACGAGGAAGGUGCCGGUGGAGAGCGGGGUGCCGGGCGACAAUUGUCACCUCCUUCAUCGUCGGUGUACUAUGGCGUAGUGUUGAAGACGCCGAUCCCGGUCGCUUCCCGACUUGAGCGACUUCAUCAGCAGCAAUCUGUGUCCUUGCCCAAUUCACCCCUCCUGCAGCAUCGUCUCCAGCAGCAGCAACAGCAGGCCCUCAAGCGAAAAUGUGAUGAUUCAUCAUCGUCUUCCUCAACCGUGUCGCCUCCUGCCGCCACCUCCGCCCAUCCGGAAGGGACGGCCACGCAAGAACCCCUCACGAGCGCCAGCAUCGCUACGCAGGCUCCCGAUAGCAUCGACCCGGCACCACCAUCACAGCACACCCCGGGGACACGGAACGCAAUCAACACGUCUCCUGCCUCCUCCCUGCUGCUGUCGAGAGUGACAAAAAUUAAGCCCGAAUCUAGCGGCACCGGAAAUGCGGCUCCCGCCGGAAGUGCCGCUUCGAAGGUGGCCAAUUUUCUGCCCCUGCUCCGGAGCACGUUCGCUCUGGAUCCGCUCAAGUCGAGCUUUUCGCUGCCUCAGCUCCCUACCGGUGGCGGGGCUCGUUUGGGCACGGCGACCGGAAGUAGUGGCGCUACGGGAGCCAUCAGCAAGGCGUACCCGAUGGCCAGUGGUCAUCAACACCAGUUCCAGCAGCUCCAGCAGCAGCAUUCACACCGGAAUGGAUCUCUGGAUGCGACCCCGCUGUUCUGUCGGCUAAGGAAACGGGAGCGACCGCUCUCGAACCAUAGCGACGCCGACAGUGGCUUCCUUAGUCCGGCGACACCACCCGACUCGAACGGUGCCUCAAUAUUGGCCGCCGUCACCGACGAGGAACUCGCUGCCGUUGGUGGCUCCGGGACCGUGGCUUCCGCAUCCUCCUCGGACGCGGUUGUUCUGGAGCAGUGCGACAGCAUCCAGGAACUGAUACAGAUCUACACCGACUGGGCCAACUACUAUCUGGAGCGGGCCAAAUCGAAACGAAAAGUGUCCGACCUGUCGGCCGACUGCCGCGAUGGGCUGCUGCUGGCCGAGGUGAUCGAAGCUGUCACCACCUUCAAAGUACCUGAUUUGGUGAAGAAACCAAAAACUCCUCAACACAUGUACGACAACGUUAACUCCUGUCUCACGGUCCUGAGACAGCAUCAGGUCGGUGGCCUAGAAUCGGUCACACCGAACGACAUCUGCGGCGGGCGGCUAAAGGCGGUUCUUUCGCUCUUCUUUGCUUUGAGUCGGUACAAACAAGCAACGAAGCAGAAAUCAUCGCUGCAAUUGCUGCAUCAGCCACCCCCGCAGCUGCACCAUCAGCAGCAACAGCAACAACAGCAGCAACAGCAAACAAAGGUUGAGAUUCAUGCGGCUCCGACGGAAAUGACCAACCGACAACUUCCGGUUCCGUACGCUAAGCCGGGCGUAAAUGGCGGCACGGCCAUCCCACUGCCGGCGACGGUGCUGGUCACCCGACGAUGUCCGCCGGAUAAGGUCCGGCCACUGCCACCGACACCGAACCAACAGACCGGACUGCACGGUGGCUUACAGAAGCAUACCCUCGGUGGCGGUGUCGGCGGCGGUGCCAUGGUCGGAGUCGUCUCCAACAGCACCCCAUCCGACGGCGGCAGCUGCCCGGGGAGUCCCCAGCACAACGGUACCGCGAUAAUCACCCAGAUCCCGAAGGGAAACAAUAGUCUGCGGCUGCCACAGGCGGCGAACUGCAAGAUCCCUGCGAGCCCGUACUCGGCAUCGGCGGCCUCAACGCUGCAGCAUAACAAUCACCAUAACAACAACAAUAACAACAACAUCACCCUGAUCCCGAACGGGAACGUGACGAACAUUCCGACGAACCCGGCCAUCCACCAGCAGCAGCAGCAGAAGCACUCGAUGCUGGACAAGUUCAAGCUGUUCAACAGCAAGGAGAAGCAGGACCGGGCCGCCCAAAAGUCCCAGAUCUCGAAGCGGACCAGCUCGAGCAGCGGCUUUUCGUCGGCCCGGAGCGAACGGAGUGACUCGAGCCUCAGUCUGGACAAUGGCCACCAGCAAACGCCGGCACCGGCCGGCAAGCUAGCCAAGGAGACCACGGUCCCGAAGAAGCCCGCAGACUCGGCCCCAAAGUCCACGGCCAUGACGGCGUCGACCGGGAAGUCCUCGUCGAAGCUCGUUUCGUCGUCGAAAUCGAGCGCGAAGGAGUCGGCGAAGGCGGCUGCGAAGGCCGAGAAGCUGCGUGGGGUUAAGGAGCCGGCCGGCCACCAGUCCCAGGAGUCCGUGGCCCAGCCGCAUGUUCCGCUCGCGCCUCAGAAGGCGCAGAAAAUUCCGAUGGCGACAACCGUGACGACGACCUCGAUGGCGGCGGCGGCUUCGGCGGCGUCGGCCGCAGGCUGCGUCGUGGCGUCGUCGAAGGCGCAAGACGCGUCCUCCAGGCUGAAACUAGCCACCGUGGGCAGUGGCAGAAAACUGGACACCAAAUCCGAAAGUAAAACGAGUUUGCUGCUGCAGCACCAGCAACUGGCGGCCGUUGGGGGUUCGCCGAUGAUGAUGUCGCCGUCGCACUUGCAGUCGCCCAAAACCAUGCUGCAGCCUCAGCAGCAGCAGCAGCCUCAGCAGCAGCAGCAGCUGCAGUCAGCAGUUAACACCGGCAUUCCGAAGCCGAUGGCCGCGAUCAAGGGAACCAGCAAGCCGUCGCACCUGCUGAGUCCGUGCGCGGCCAAGGAAGACGCCGGCGUGGUGGCCGUGGCGAAGCUGGCGGAAUCGGGCAAGAGCGGCGCCGUCGUGCCGAACAACAACAACCCCAACAACGGUGGCAACGGCAGCAUGUCCGACAGUAUGCACUCGAACUCGACGCAAGGAGCAUCGAUGGGCCAGCACUCGAACUCGAGCGACACGUCCAGCGUGGUCGCCUACCGGCCCAGCUCGGAGUCCGGCUCGGAGCAGCUGAGCAACCUGAACGGUGGCGGCUUCCUCGGCAACGGCAACAACCAUAUCAACAACAACAACCACACGAUCACCACCGCCAACACCAACAACAAUAACAACCUCAACCUCAGCAAGUUCCACACCGUCCCGACCAAGAUCCUCAACACUGCCAGCGGCGGGAUGGUACCGACGGCGGCGGCGCCGCCGAUGUCGCCAGGACCAGGCGGAACCGGCCCUAACGGGACAACGAUCUACGAGCAGGACGAAAAGCAGAUCACGGUGCUCCCGAUGCGCCCACUGCUCCGUGGCUACAACAGUCACGUCACACUGCCAACACGCGGCACCCGCGGACAUCACCCGCACCAGCCCCACCACCACCAGUUCCUGGGGUCGCCGGCCGACUACGGAUGUGAAGAUUUCGGUGGCCAGGGCGGUGGUUACUGCAGCGAUGGUGAUGCGCUCCGCAAGAUCCCGGCCCGCUACUCGGACAACAUCGACAAUGGCUACCUGUCGGAGGGUGGCGGUGGCGGUGGGAUCCUGACCAGCGGCGGUCGCCAGCACGCCGCGUCGUACAUCAGUGCGCUGCGGGCGCGAACCCAGCUCCCGACGACCAUCGAAGAGCGAUGUCGUAGCAGCCGGGGCGAUCAUCUGGACAGUGUGGGAACGGCAAUGGAGCACUCGCACGUCAACGGUGGCAAGAGCAGCGCCCGUCACAGCGCCGGAAGCACGGUCGGGCCGAACGGGCGCGAAUAUUGGGGCAAGCUUCCGGAGCCGUCACACCACGGCAAUGGCGGCAGCCAGCACAGCUCGCAGCCGCCGUCCCCGACCGGUACGCGCAAGGAUAAGAGCGGUUCGAGCCCGAGCCAGUCGCGCCGCAGUACGCCAUCGUCCAAGGGAACCUCAUCCGGUCGCACGAAAGCGGCCGGUGGUGUCCCGCAGAGCUUUGGCUACAUAAAGCGCACCAACGGCUCCAGCAUGCCAGGGGUGAUGGACCUGACCCAGCAGCAGCAACAACAACAGCAAGGGCAGAACCUGCUCACCGGCGGCCGCACGGCCCACGUGUCGGCCGUGCCACGGUCCGGAAAGCUGAAAGUUUCCGGUGGCACCCAGACAACGACGGCCGAUUUUCAAGCUAAAGUCCAGCAACAGCAGCAGCAACACCCACAGUACCGGAGCUUCUCGCUCACCGGUCCAGGAGCGGCGCAGCUCAGCCAGUCGGUGAAAGAAAGGUUUGGUUCCGGAACGCACAGUUUGCCCAAGCCGGGGCUAGAUAUGCAUGUCUUCCAACAUAGAAUGUCGAAUCGCGCCUCCGCCAAGCUGACCGACGGUAGCCUGUCCGAUACGCAAACGUACGCCGAGGUGAAGCCCGACUACGGCUCCUACGCCAUGUGGCUGAAGCACUCGAACACGGCCAGCAGCCGCCUGUCGGAGGGCGACACGCUGGACGCCAUUGCAAUGGGUUCGGCGCCGGCGGCCGCCGUGGCCGCCGUCACCGGAUCACCGGGACCGGCAACCCGGCCCCACAAGCUGCUGCACCACGCGCGUGGCGAGACCCAGCAACCCCAUCACCACCAUCACCACCACCACACCACCGGUGCCGCCACCACCAACAGUCCCCGUCUCAAUCGAAGCAAUAGCAUCAGCUAUCUGAAAGAGAGGACCUACCCCAGAUCGACCAAGUCGGAGAAAAUGUAUCCCUCGAUGCUGAGCCGCGGCCCGGACGUCGAGAUCGAACCGUACUACUGUCUUCCGGUCGGCACGCUGGUCCACUCCGGCAACGGGAUGUCCGUGCCGUGGAGUCAACCGACCUCACCGACACCGCCGACCCGUGGUUUCGCCGGGCUGCUGUCUCCAACGCACACCAGUGCCGCCGCCACUCGGUUGACCUAUCCGAAGAAGAACGACGAAGUGCACGGCAGUCAGGCAUCGCUACUGUCCGGAGGAUCGUCCCUUUACGGAUCGACGGAGGAACGACAGGCCACCGAGGUGCGGAGACUGAAACGCGAACUAACUGAUGCCCGGGACCAGGUCAUGAGUCUCUCCAGCCAGCUGUCAACUAACGCUCAUGUGGUGGCAGCGUUCGAGCAGAGUCUAUCCAACAUGACCCAUCGGCUGCAGUCACUGACGGCAACUACGGAGAAGAAGGAUGGCGAAAUAUUGGAGAUGCGCCAGACGAUAGAACUGUUGCGGAAGCAAUCGAUCCAGGCCGGAUUAACUACCGCCCAUAUGCAGAGUAUGGGCGUACAAGUUAACGGACAGGUCAACGGAACGGCCGCAACGGAACAGACGAAAACAUCGACGAUCAACAACGGCGGCGCCAGCAGUGUCGGUGGGUCGCCUGCCGCUGCACCACCGUCGUCGGCGGGCCCGGCGGGAGCGGAAAUGCAACGGCACCACAGCUCCGACUCCAUGUGCUCGCUGAACUCGGUCAGUUCCGGCUGCUCGGCGCAGGACAAGAGCAAGCAGAAGAAGAAGGGCUGGCUGCGCAGCUCGUUUACCAAAGCCUUUUCGCGCAACGCAAAGAUUUCCAAAACCAAUCGCCACGUGGUGGCCGGCACUGCCGGUACGGUGGCUGCGGCCGGCGGUGGAGGAGCGGGCCCUCCCGAUGGUAACCACCAUCAUCACCAUCACCAUCAUCACCACCAUCACGGUGGGCCGCUGAUUGAGAACGGAUCGCCGGCCAUGAAGCCACCGCUGAACGGUGGUGGCGUUGGCGGUGGACUGAAGCCAGCACACGGCAUCAUUCCACCGCCUCCGAGCGCCGGACUGCCACCGCUUUCACCCACCAAAGGCAGUCCGCAGAAAAUGCUGUCCAUCGUUGACAAUGCCAAACCGGUCGAUGCGAUCGAACAGAACGGCAACCCCGUGGUGGAAGAUCUCAAGAAGCAGCUGCGGGAGAAGGACCUCGUCCUGACCGACAUUCGGCUCGAGGCGCUCAGCUCGGCGUCGCAGCUCGAAAAUCUCAAGGACACGGUCAUGAAGAUGCGCCAGGAGAUGAUGAACCUCAAGCAGAACAACGAGCGGCUGCAGCGGCUAGUGACGACCCGAUCGCUGGCCGGCAGUGAAGUGUCGCUCGGUCCAGUCAGCCCCAGUGGUUCGAUCGGCGAACCUCGACGCUACAGCCUGGCGGCCGAUUCCGGCAUGGGCCGGGCUCCCCUCGAGCUUCCGCAAAAUCUGGACGAAACGGAAGAGGACAAUAUCCCGCCGGCACCGGCACCGGAACCACCGCCGGCCCCGCUCAGCCCGGCGAUCAUCGCCGAGUUGUCUCCCACGAUCGAGCGGGCAGCGCUGGUGAACGAAAUCCUGACGACCCCGGCCGAGGACGUGGCCGAUCCGGUCGACGGCAAGAAGAUCUCGAUCGCGGUCUACCUGGGGCAACCGGAUUCGUUCCCGAAGUACGCGGAGGAGAUGAAUGAAUGUGAUAACUUUUACCACUCGUCGCCGGACGACGAUGAGGACAGUAAGCUGGAGGGCGGCGGUAAAGCCGGUCGGUCCUCGUUCUCCGUCGGCACCGAUCUGGAGGCGAACGAGUUCAUCAUCGCGUACACGUACAUUUCGGGCAAGACGACCUGGCAGAACCUGGACUACAUCGUGCGGAAGACGUUCAAGGACUAUCUGUCGCGCAUCGAUCCGGGCACGAACCUGGGGCUUAACACGGACUCGAUCACCUCGUACCACCUCGGGGAGGCGAAGCGUGGCCCGGAGAUGGGCUUCCCGGAGCUACUACCCUGUGGUUACAUCAUCGGCAACGUGAAGACCCUCUACAUCUGUCUGCAAGGCGUCGGAAGCCUGGCGUUCGAUAGUCUGAUUCUGCGAAACAUCGUCCAUCGGUACAUUUCGCUGCUGACCGAACACCGGCGGCUGAUUCUGUGUGGCCCGAGUGGCACCGGAAAGUCGUACCUGGCUCGCAAAUUGGCCGAAUUCCUGGUUGCCCGUGCCGGGCGCGAUAAUCCGAUCGAAGCGAUCGCCACCUUCAACGUUGAUCACAAGUCUUCGAAGGAGUUGCAACAAUACCUUGGCCACAUAGCGGAGCAAGCGUCGAUGGCGAACGGUGCCGCCGAAGAUCUGCCGGCGGUGAUCAUUCUGGACAAUCUGCACCACGCAUCGGCCCUUGGCGAUGUGUUUUCUUGCCUCCUGAGUGCAACGGCCUCCAAGCUGCCCUGCAUCAUCGGCACUAUGUCGCAGGCAACGUGCAACACCACCAACCUGCAGCUUCAUCACAACUUCCGAUGGGUUCUGACGGCGAAUCAUAUGGAACCGGUGAAGGGUUUCUUGGGGCGCUUUCUACGCCGCAAGCUAUUCACGGUGGAACUGCACAAUCAGCAACAGCAACCGCAGCUCGAGAAGGUGCUCAAGUGGCUGCCGACCGUCUGGCAGCACAUCAAUAGCUUCCUCGAGACUCACAGCUCGAGCGACGUUACGAUCGGACCCCGGUUAUUCCUGUCCUGUCCGAUGAACUUGCCCGAUUCGCAGGUUUGGUUCACGGACGUGUGGAACUACCAUCUGGCACCGUACCUGAUGGAUGCGGUCCGGGAAGGCGUUCAGCUGUACGGACGGCGGGGCGGUGCUUGGGUCGAUCCGUGCACGUACAUCCGAGAGACCUACCCAUGGCCGAUCGGACCAACGACGGUCCCGCAGCUGCGCCAGAUCACGGCCGAUGACGUGGGCCUUGAGGCGAGCGCUCCGGCGAACUCGGAAAACCAGGACCCGUUGCUCAACAUGCUGAUGCGGUUGCAGGAGGCGGCCAACUACAACGGAGGCAACACCGAGCAGGAUUCGGACUGUGCCAGUUUGGACUCGAACAUGACGCACGACAGCUCGGCUGGAGCCGAAUAGGCUGAGGGCGCUGCCUGGACUGCCAACCUCUCAGUAAAAACGGGUCCCCGAAAAGUCACGUAAGUGGACGUUUCGCGGAAGUGUGAGAGGAACUUUAAAGUUGGCCAAUUAUUGUUUACCGAGCACCGAAAGGAUAGACGUUGCCGAUGUGUGAAAAGUGUAGGCCACCAGGAGGACACACCGGCCACGGAAAGUAGAGACCAUUAAUUAAUUGCCAUCCACGCCGCGGGUGAUGUUUGACAAUUAUGGUGCCGCCAAACGGUGUGCGUACGUGUCAUCGGGUCGAUCGACAUUAUUAAGGCUCAUUAACGCGAGUGCAACCAUUAAAAGUAAUUAACCGGCGUGCGGCGAGAUCGUGGUGGCAACAGAAAAAAGUGGGAACCAACAAAACGCCGAACGAGCCACACGACAGGGUUCGUGAUAUCAAUUUCACACGUGAAAAGCUACCCGGUCCCGGGGAACCCUGGCCGGAUUUGUUUAUCGAAAGGAAAAAGGUGAACCGAACCACGAAUAUAAUCAUGAGUUAAAAUGAAACGAAAAAGUAAUCAAACGCAGAGAGGCGCGCAGCGAAAAGAAAAGUCCUCCGAAUGAGCAAAAUGAGCCAUAUUUUGCAUGCAUUUUCAGUGGCAAUGGCUAGCGAGCGCCCUCUAGUGUUCGGUGGUGAAAACGCUCAAUUGAAGCGCGCGCGCUGUGCUGCGUGUUGCAUACCCGCUAGGCGUAUCGAUUGAAUGCUUCUCGCUGGGCUAGCCGUUUUUGAUGUUCAAAUGGGCGGAAAAAUGGAUCGUUUUUCGAUUCUGCCGAGUGGUGGCAUAAUGCAAAUGAUCGAAAGGAAAAAGAAACUGCCACGGGAUGGGCGAUAGAGCAGUAGUAACAUUACACAAAACCACACCAACCAAAAUGCGUUCAACGGAAACAAUAAUCAAAUUGUGAGCAUGGCAGAGAGAGAGAGCGAGCGACUGGGAGACAUGUGUGCAUUAACAUAUGCAAACCCAUUCAUUUAGAGAAACAAACAUUAAUGAUAUCGACGGUGGGGCAGCUGAUACAUCGCCCCGCCAGUAUAUUGAAGGUUUACUCUUUCCGCGCGCGCGCUGUUUUUCGCGGUGAGCUUUUGAUGUGCGUAUUUUUUGUAAUCGUACCGAGGGAAGGCGAGCGAGAUUCCCCGCUGGAAGCUUCCACUUGUAAAUAGUAACACGCAUUCGUAUCGGUAUCCUGUAACGAUAAGCUACUCUUUACACACAGAAACACACACCUAAACUCUCACGUUUCACCAGCAGCAGUAUGGUAAAGUAACGGUAAAAGUUAUCAUAAUCAAUCGCGCGUACGUUUCGUAUCCUAUAUAGCUAGUUAGCGUAUGAAAUUUAGGGUUUUAAACGACGUCCGCCAAGAAGGUGUGUCACCCGCUCUACUAACCUCUAUCGACCACUAUCGUGACGAUUUUCUUCGUAUGUUAACAAAAAGAAACUGUUCGAUUGUUUGUCGCUUCUAAAGCUUUAAUGAGUUCUGUUCCAGCUACACCGCGACCCUUCAAUGUAUCCCGCUCCUGUCUCAAUGUGGCCCGCUCGGUGGCCCGCUGUCCAUGUGUUGUAAAAUAGUGUAGAAUAAUUUUCCCGCUUUGUACUGUUCCCGUUUCCUCCUAUUUUUAAUAGUUUUUCAUUGUGCUGUAAAGUAUUGGGUCUCCGCCGUUUGUAUUCUCCCCAUCAGCCAUCAAUCGAUCCGCAAACUCAUGGAACUCGUGAUAAAACAAGCAUAACCUUUAAUCGAUAUACAUUUAUAUAUAUAUAUAUCGGACCACGGAACCAAUCGUUGUUGGUAACAACACAAUAAUCGUGUGAUUAGCGGCCCAUUAGCGGCUUAUCGUCCGCCAGCCAUUCGGGUGCAGUCAAGCGGAAUUAAACCGCUCCAUGCACACAUGAGUGGAGCGCACGGGGCACGGCAACCAAUCGCGCCAAAGCUCACACGCAUCAUAAACAUUCAGGCCCCCCGCAACAUACAAUAAAAUGAGGGAAAAAUCGAAAGCGCAACAUUGAAUACUACAAACGCACGCAGCAGAUAGCAAGAGUAAUGUAAUGAAAAGUGAAACAUCAAAACCAGAGUAACAAAUAACAUUCAAAAGUGAUACUAGUUGACGGGGAAGGGAGAAGAACUUAGCGGACAAAACAAGAGUAACCACAUACCGAUCCCGGGGAGAGAAACGCGCAGAGUGUAAAGAAGUUUAUUGCAAAC